ACAAUGCACCCUUCUACAAAUAAAAGAAUCAAAAAGUGAGGGCAAGGAUUAGAGUGAUGAGAGUCUUAAUUCGAGUCAGUUUUAGGGUCAUGGCCUGAUAGUGUCAAGAUAAUUUUCAAGUUAUUCUAAUCCAAAUAUUAACCCUAAACGCCGACUCUUAAUAAUUUUUCUUUUUUAAUCUGUGGAAGAGUGCAUCAAAUCAAACAUACUUAAUAGAUAUGUAUCAACCUAUUUUCAGACAUACUAAUGGCAUACUAAAUCUCAAAAAAGCAAACAAAUAACUUUAUUUUAGAAUUAUUAUGAAGUCUUGAUGUAUUAACUAAAGCUUCAUGAAUAAUGGAUAAAUAAUCAACUUGUUCCAACAUACAGAGAGAAGCUUUAUUGGCUGAACCAACAAAAUCAGAUGAGCUUUUUUAUUAUACAUGGGUCAAUUGUUUUCAAGUAAAUCCAGGAAUUCAAAUGAUGCAUCAUUUAUGUUUUCUGGUUAUUGUGAUUAUUCUGAUUAUCGUGAUUAUUCUGAUUAUGUGAUUAUCGAAAGUUUUCAAUCGUCUUUUUCACCAUUCAGAGAAAAUCUUCCUAAGAAUGUAAGAGAAAAUGUAUACCCAAAUUAUUUUAAUAUGUAUGAACAUCAGUUACUUCAACCAAAAUGUCAACUAAAGAAAAUGCAUGUUAACCAAACUGAAAUAAAAUUUUCACCAAAUUCUUCUAAGAAUGUAUCAGAAAAUAUAUACCCAAAGGUUUCCAAAAAAAAAAAAAAAAAAAUUUAUUCCAAAAAAACAACAACAUUAGUUAACCAAACUGAUAUAAAAGCUCCUCCAAAUUCUUCUAAGAAUGUAUCAGAAAAUUCUUCUGAGAUUGUAUCAGAAAAUGUAUACCCAAAGGUUUCCAAUAUACAACAACCUUAUUUGCAACCUCAACCAGAAUUUCAACUUAGAAAAACAUUAGUCAACCAAACUGAUAUAAAAGCUCCUCCAAAUUCUUCUAAGAUGGUAUCAGAAAAUUCUUCCAAGAAUGUAUCAGAAAAUGUAUACCCAAAGGUUUCCAAUAUACAACAACCUUAUUUGCAACCUCAGCCAGAAUUUCAACUUAAAAAAACAUUAGUUAACCAAACUGAUAUAAAAGCUCCUCCAAAUUCUUCUAAGAUUGUAUCAGAAAAUGUAUACCCAAAGGUUUCCAAUAUACAACAACCUUAUUUGCAACCUCAACCAGAAUUUCAACUUAGAAAAACAUUAGUCAACCAAACUGAUAUAAAAGCUCCUCCGAAUUCUUCUAAGAUGGUAUCAGAAAAUUCUUCCAAGAAUGUAUCAGAAAAUGUAUACCCAAAGGUUUCCAAUAUACAACAACCUUAUUUGCAACCUCAACCAGAAUUUCAACUUAGAAAAACAUUAGUCAACCAAACUGAUAUAAAAGCUCCUCCAAAUUCUUCUAAGAUUGUAUCAGAAAAUGUAUACCCAAAGGUUUCCAAUAUACAACAACCUUAUUUGCAACCUCAACCAGAAUUUCAACUUAGAAAAACAUUAGUCAACCAAACUGAUAUAAAAGCUCCUCCAAAUUCUUCUAAGAUGGUAUCAGAAAAUUCUUCCAAGAAUGUAUCAGAAAAUAUAUACCCAAAGGUUUCCAAUAUACAACAACCUUAUUUGCAACCUCAGCCAGAAUUUCAACUUAGAAAAACAUUAGUUAACCAAACUGAUAUAAAAGCUCCUCCAAAUUCUUCUAAGAAUGUACCAGAAAAUUCUUCUAAGAUUGGAUCAGAAAAUGUAUACCCAAAGGUUUCCAAUAUACAACAACCUUAUUUGCAACCUCAACCAGAAUUUCAACUUAGAAAAACAUUAGUUAACCAAACUGAUAUAAAAGCUCCUCCAAAUUCUUCUAAGAUUGGAUCAGAAAAUGUAUACCCAAAGGUUUCCAAUAUACAACAACCUUAUUUGCAACCUCAACCAGAAUUUCAACUUAGAAAAACAUUAGUUAACCAAACUGAUAUAAAAGCUCCUCCAAAUUCUUCUAAGAAUGUAUCAGAAAAUUCUUCUAAGAUUCUAUCAGAAAAUAUAUACCCAAAGGUUUUUAAUAUACAACAACCUUAUUUGCAACCUCAACCAGAAUUUCAACUUAAGAAAACAUUAGGUGACCAAACCGAUAUAAAAGCUCCUCCAAAUUUUUCCAAGAAUGUAUCAGAAAAUGUAUACCCAAAGGUUUCCAAUAUACAACAACCUUAUUUGCAACCUCAACCAGAAUUUCAUCUUAAGAAAGCACAAGUCAAAUCAGAAUCAGAAUUAGAACUUCGGCUUAAAAAAACACAGGUUAACCAAACCGAGAAAAAAUUUCAACCAAAUUCUUUUAACAAUGUGACAGAAAAUAUACACCAAAACAUUUAUAAUAUGCAACAAUCAUUUAAUAAUCAGCAAACAGUUACUUGUAAUUCUGAAAAAGGAUAUCAAAAUAUGUCGAAUGAUAAAGUUUCAAAAUUAUGUCUUAAAAAUUCUAACUUGAAUAUUGACCAAAAAGAAUUAGUAAUUCAAAAAGAUGAAACAAAAACUGAGGAUAACAUUCUAAAUAAUUUCAUGAAAAAAGAACCAGUAAAAAUCAGUUCAGAGAAGUUGAAUGUUUCCAAUGCUGAAAGAUACCGCAUAGUUGACUCAAUCAAUAAAAAAGAAAAUAUGGAUACUCAUCUAAUUCAGGAAAUUGCUAAAAGUUUACGUGGAAUAUUGAUGACACCUAAAACAUUUAUAUCAAUUCCUAAUAAAGUUAAAAUAAAAAUCUUUAAUGAAUUUAAAAUUGACACUAAACAAAAAUUGGAAAUUAUUGUUGACCUAAUAUUUGAAAAAGCAGUCAGUGAGCCAGUGUGCAGCUUGGUGUAUGCAAAUUUAUGUCAAUCCUUAAUUGACUGUCUUAAGCUACCCUUUUCAGAUAAUUCCAAACCUGAUUGCACAUUUAAAGGGAUUCUUUUAAUUAAGUGUCAAAAAGAAGUCAACAUUUCUGAAAAGAAACUAUUGACAAAGGAGAAGAGUAAAAAAAUUGAUAAUCAAGAAAUAACGAAUCAAAGACUCAGAAUCAUACGUUUCAUGGGAGAGUUAUUUAAGUUUAAAAUAGUUUCAGAGAAUAUUAUGCACACUUGUGUAAUCGAACUUCUUAAAUGUGAAAAAGUGGAGUCAGCAGAAGACCAAUUAGAAUGUCUGUGCAAACUUUUUGUAUCUGUUGGUAAAGAUUUAGAUCAUCUUGAAGCAAAGUUUAGAGUAGAUCAUUAUUUUACCCAAUUGAACAAAAUUAUUGAUUACCGUUAUAUAUCAACUAAAAUCAAGUCUGAAAUUAGAAAUAUAAUUGAUCUUCGUGAUUGCAAUUGGGUAGAAACGAGAGAUGAACUUAAUCUGAAAUUAUUUGAUCAAAUUAAGAAUGAAGAAAAAAAAGAACAGGAAAAAGAAAAAGUUAUCCCACCUUAUAAAAAGAGACUAGAAGGAUACAGUAAAAAUCAGAAGAAAAUGACAAACAAUUUACGUGAUAGUUCAGUUCAAAGUGGCAUUGGUCUUUCUUUGUCCUUUAAUAGUUUGACAAAUAUCCAAUCUAAACAAAAACAUUUUAUUGCUGAAACAAUUGAUAAAGAUGAAUCUUACAAUAUAUCUCUCGGUUCUGAUGUUGGUAGUAGCAUUUCUUCCCAUUCAAAAGGAAAUAGGCGUAGAAGUCGAAGAAGAAGUCGAAGUAAAAGUCGUAGUCAUUCUACUGAUACAUCAAUUGAAUGUAUUCGUCAGAAUCAAACCGAUUAUCGUGAUAAUUUAAAUGAACAAAUUCAACCUAAAAACUGGAUUAAAAAAAAGGAUCUAACAUGGGAAGCAUAUCGAAUUUAUCGAUCAAAACACCCUGGGCCAUUGACUGAAAGAUCUUUUCAGCGGUGGGUUCGUUAUGAUGGGAUUGAUGACCCCAGCUUUAAAUGGAGAGGAAAAAAAAAUUAAUGUAAAAUUCUAAUAAAGUUCUUGA